CCACACAACGCCACACCACAACAAAACCACCACACACCACAACAACACCACACCACACACAACAACACCACACCACACAACAACGCCACACCACAACAAAACCACCACACACCACGCCACAUGGCGUCCCCGCGGGGAAGGCGGAGGUGCGACGAGACGAGCGCCGAGAGACACGGAGGCAACGUCAGCCGCCCGCUGCAGCAGAUUCCUGCCUGCUCGUCAUUGGCUGCAGUGAGUCCUCCGCUAAUGCAGCUUCAUCGGGGACCACAGGAAGAUGGAGAGCAGUGUGCCCUACUCCGUUCAAGAAUUGAGGAGCAGUCGCACCUCAUCUCCAUCCUCAAACGUCGUGCCGAUGAUACCUUAGCCCGAUGUCAGGUCCUAGAGUGCAGAAGUGGUGAGCUGGAGAGAGAAAGGGACGGGGCAGACAAGCGUUGCAGCCUGCUAGAGCAACGCUUCAUGGAGCUGGCCUCCAACCACCAGCAAAUGAUCACAUUCAAGGAUGAACACAAGAAGCAGAACGUGGAUCUCCUGGAAGAGAAUGCACGGUUGAGACGUGAAAAUGAGGAUCUUUUUUCUGCUUCCAUUGAGGAAAGAGACACGAUCAUCACUAAACUCGCACAGGAUUUGCAAGCCUUGCAGACAGAGUGCUCUGAACAGGAACAACUAUGCAGUCAGAAGGCAAAUCAUUAUUAUGAAAAGGGAAAUGAAUUUAAAAUCCGCUUGGAAUAUGUUGAAAAAACACAUGCACAAGAGGCAGAAUCCCUAAAAAAGAAGCUGAAAGAAUUGGAGACAAAAAUUGCUGAGACUGAGGCUCUUACACUGGCUGAGAAAAGUGGGUGGGCAGCCGAGCAAAAGAGCUUGAAGCAACAGGUGGAAGACCUGGCUCGGGAAAAACAGGAACUGUUAGAGCUUACAAUGCAGAGAGGCCGACUCUUGCAGGAAAGACAGAAGGACAUACAGCUGCUCGAGCGUAAGCUGAGGAAAUCGGAGGAUGCAAGGAGGUCUGCAGAGGAAAGGUUUGAGCGGGAUGUGGAGGCGGUGAAUGCUGAACUGCAGGUGAGGGCACUGAGAGGGAAGCUGGACAACUCUGCACAGGCGUUUGACAGACUGCAAAAGGAGUUUGAAGCCUUUAAGAAGCAUAGUGGAGAAUUACUUUCCAAAGAAAAACAACUGAAUGCAAAAUUACGCCAUUUUGUGAGUUGAAAGACCAUGUUUGUUUUCUUAUUCACAAUGUUAUUUUGGUCAAAUUUUUGAAUAAAAAAUGUUCUUUGAAUGUGGUGUUGUAGUUAGAAAUCCGUGAAGUCGUUUUCAUAUAGGUAUCUUUGAUAAAACUGUUUUAGCACAAUAAGCUCCGGGCGCUUAAUAACACUAUGUGACACAAUUUGUGUUCCUGGGUAGUAAGUGUUAUUUCAUAAUUGCUUAUGCCUAAAAAGUAUAGAAAAUGGCUAUUAUUCCCCACAAAUUUUGCUUUUGUGACCAGGACAGUGAUAUUUUGAAAUU